CCCCACCCUCUCUGUUGGUGUUCUUCAGCCAGAACUGUAAGAUAUGUUUGAUUUGUGUACUGAAUAGUUCCGACAGUUUCAAAUUACUGUUUAAAUAUUUCUGACGUCCCAUGGCAGUUUAUUUUUACUUUUAUUAAAAAUUUUAGGAAUUGUUUACCUCAACCCUUUUCAGAUCACAAUGGGACAGAUUUUCUAAAUGAAGACAUUGAAAAACACAAUCUUUCUCCUUCUAUCUUUUAUUUAAGUGGGAUUUAAGAUGUUGCCAUUUCCCAGCAGCAUGGUAGUAUUGAGAUAGCUAUGUGUCUGUAGAUGCUGAAUGUUUAGGAAUGCCCUUCAGAUGUGAAGUUUCUUUUUGUUUUUGCUUUUGGGCUCAUAACUUGGAUAUUUCAUCUGGAGUGGAUAAGUACAACUGUGACAAAUACAUGGAAUAAAUCAAGAAGACUAUAGAAUCUUAAAUCCAAGGAACUUGGCUUAUUCUGAAGAUAGCCAUAUGAAAACUUUAAAACAGAAGUAUGGGUAGCUGACUUGAAGUAGUAACUCUAUGUCAAAUAGUCGUAGGUUAAGUAUCUUUAAAGAACUUGGAUAUUAUUUCAGAGGAUACAAAAUAAAAAAACAAACUGGAAAACAUAAAGAUUACAGAGAAAAACGCAACACCUUCCUGUGCAGUCCUAUUGGAAUUUGGACUUGCCAUGAGGUGUUGAAGCCUAUUUCAUUGAGUCGGAGAGACUGGACCUAAAUGGCGCAGCAUGACUUUGCACCAGCCUGGCUUAAUUUUCCUACUCCGCCAUCGUCAACAAAGUCGUCAUUGAAUUUUGAGAAGCAUUCUGAAAAUUUUUCAUGGACAGAAAAUCGGUAUGAUGUGAAUCGUCGACGACACAACUCUUCAGAUGGCUUUGAUUCUGGUAUUGGACGACCUAAUGGAGGUAAUUUUGGAAGGAAAGAAAAAAAUGGAUGGCGUACACAUGGAAGAAAUGGUACAGAAAACAUAAAUCAUCGAGGGGGGUACCAUGGUGGAAGUUCCCGUUCUCGUAGCAGUAUUUUUCAUCCUGGAAAAAGCCAAGGACUACACGAAAACAGCAUACCUGACAAUGAAACAGGGAGGAAAGAUGAUAGGAGAGAACGUAAACAGUUUGAGGCUGAAGAUUUUCCAUCUUUAAAUCCUGAGUAUGAGAGAGAACCAAAUCAGAAUAAAUCUUUAGCUGCAGGUGUAUGGGAAUAUCCUCCGAAUCCUAAAUCUAGAACCCCAAGGAUGCUGGUUAUUAAGAAAGGUAAUGCAAAAGACUUACAGCUCUCUGGAUUCCCAAUUGUAGGAAAUCUUCAGUCACAGCCAGUUAAGAAUGGGACUGGCCCAAGUGUUUAUAAAGGCUUAGUCCCUAAACCUGCUGCUCCACCUACAAAACCUACACAAUGGAAAAGCCAAACUAAAGAAAAUAAAGUUGGGAGUUCUUUCUCUCAUGAGUCUACUUACAGUGUUGGUAACUUUAAUGCUUUUAAACCAACUGCCAAGAAUUAUAGUCCAUCAACAACUUCAGUAAAAGAGUGUAAUCGCUCAAAUUCCUCUUCACCUGUUGACAAACUUAAUCAGCAGCCUCGGCUAACCAAACUGACCCGUAUGCGUACUGAUAAGAAGAGUGAAUUUUUGAAAGCAUUAAAGAGGGACAGAGUAGAAGAGGAACAUGAAGAUGAAAGCCAUGCUGGUUCAGAGAAGGAUGACGACUCAUUUAAUUUGCAUAACAGCAAUAGUACUCGCCAAGAAAGGGACAUAAACCGAAAUUUUGAUGAAAGUGAAGUUCCUCAAGAGAAUGGCAAUGCCUCAGUGAUAUCUCAACAGAUCAUUCGUUCUUCUACCUUCCCACAAACGGAUGUUCUUUCAAGUUCACUUGAAGCAGAACACAGAUUGUUAAAGGAGAUGGGCUGGCAAGAAGACAGUGAAAAUGAUGAAACUUGUGCUCCUUUAACUGAAGAUGAAAUGAGAGAAUUCCAAGUUAUUAGUGAACAGUUACAGAAGAAUGGCCUGCGGAAAAAUGGUAUUUUGAAAAAUGGUCUGAUCUGUGACUUCAAGUUUGGACCCUGGAAAAACAGCACUUUCAAACCCACUAUUGAGAAUGAUGACACAGAAACAAGUAGCAGUGACACAUCAGAUGAUGAUGAUGUGUGAAGGAUUUCCUAACAGCUUUAGAAAUUUUAGUGUGAUACAUCUCAUACAAUU